AUGAUUCUCGUGUCCUCCAUACCCCGAAUAGUCUGGGGUCGCCAGUUGUUCAGCAAAAAAUCGGCAGCCCCUUUUCUUACCUCAAAAUUUUUGACGUGCAUAAAUCUGCGAGCGCUGACAACUAAUUAUCAGAAUUAUGCUAUUCCCUCGAAACCUUCUUCCCAAAGAAACACCAAGAAAAAGUCCUCCCUCCCAAAGAAAAGAGGAAUGGUGGAAGGGGAACCCGAGAAGUUGGAUGCGACAGAUAAAGUUUCGAAGAUUUUGCUCGAGGAACUAUGGACUCACAAAACUCUUGCGGGAGAGCUGUCGUUAAAACCUCCGAAUCCUGUUGGAUGCUGGCAGGACAUUGAGGAAUACAAACCCGAAGUGAAAACGUUAGACAUCGAGGAAUAUAAAAAUCUACAUUCUCGAGUAAGCCGGGGUUUUUUAGCGGGGCAAGUUCGAGAAUUCUUGAAAAAUCAUGGUCAACCCUCAAAUCGUAGCAAGGAUGCAAUGGUCGAUGACAUAAUUCAGAAAGUUUGGGAGUUUAAAAUUGAAUUGGUCACAAUAUUCAUCAGGCGAUUUCCCAUAGAUGUGCGUUCUAAGCCGAUAGACAUCUUCUUCAUCGUUGGACCGGAUGGCGAAUCCUUGCGAUGGCUGGAAUCGGAAAGCAACGUAAAGAUUCACGUGGAUCUCAGCGCCGUUUCGUACACAAUUUCAGGGACCAAACGAGACAUCAGUAAAGCCAAAGAAAUGAUAACGAAAUUAACGACAUACACCACCAUGACUGUAGAACUCCCUUUGCAUAUCGGGGGUGGAGGCGAUAAUAAAAGUUUGAAAGAGUUGAUGCCCUACGUGCAAGAUAUUUGUAGGGCGUCUGGAGCAUUCAUCGAGCUUGAAGAUAGUAGCAAUAGGAUAACCAUCUCGGCUCAAAUCGAAAAUAAUAUUAAGGAGGCGAAAAGACUGUUGAGCAUCGCAUGGAUGCGAGCGGUGACGAGUGAAAUGGAUUUCAAUAAACUAGGGCAUUUCUUGGAAACAUAUUUGAACUCGAGAACUCCUAAUUCCCAACUCGAAAUUGAUUCGACUUUUGGGCACAAUAUUUUUCACGGCAAGGAAAAAUCAAUCCAAAAUAUAUUUCUACCGCCAUUGGAGGGCAGUUAUUCACGCGAAUUUAUAGGAAAGUGGUAUCAAACGGUAAAUCCAACGAAACUAUUUCUUCCAAGCUACCCACAACCAAAAUUAUUAGAAUCAUUGGAUCAACUCUCAAGGUCGCAGACAACGGUUCAAUUGAACUAUCUGCCGCACCACCUUCAUCCCCCUCAUCCGAUCAACCAGACCUCCAAUCGAUUGUGCUUCCAGUUUGACGUGGUCAACAACAACCUGAGACUGAAGGAUUUUCUGAUAUUCAGACGACGUCUCUUGAUUGACAUCUUGAUGUUGAAUCUCCCAAAGGAUAUUCGACUGCUGUCUUCUAUCAAGGAGUCUUUGCUUGGCAGUCACGACGUCACGCAUUUCGUCGAUCAAUGUAAACUUUACAAUUCUCGAGAUAUUCAAUGUCCAAAAGAAUAUGUGCUCGAGCGUAAAUGUGAUGGUGAGUCGACAAUCUCUAUCCCAUACACUUUGGAAAGUGCCAGAGUAUACAAGAAUGGCUAUUACGAUUAUAACGGGUUCGUACUGGUCGUGAAAAAAGUGAUAGAACAGAAUGCAAAUCUUGUGAGACCGGAAGUUUCUGACUUGAUAUAA